UGCGACCCAGCAAUGGCGACGGUGACAGCCUCAGCCGUGAUGGCGCUCGCAGGGCGAAGAAGUGCGUUGUGAGCGCUGCUGCUCCUGCUGCUUUUUCUCCCCCUCGUUCCUUAUUUUCCUACUGUCGCCCGUGGGGGCGCCGCUAGAGUAGGGAAAGCGCUUUGACGGUUCGCUGUGGUCGGCUGGCUCCUUUUUGUUUUUGCCAGUGCUACGAUGGCGCCGGUGCAACUGGAAAGCCACCAGCUGGUCCCGGCUGGGGGUGGGCCCGCCUCGGCCCCUGCUCCACCGCCUCCCGGGACGGCGGCAGCGGCCGCCAGUCCGGGCUACCGACUCAGCACGCUCAUCGACUUUCUGCUGCAUCGCACGUACGCGGAGCUCACCGUCCUCGCUGAUCUACUGCCAAGAAAAACUGAUAUGGAAAGAAAAAUUGAAAUCGUGCAGUUUGCAAGUCGCACACGGCAGCUGUUUGUCCGAUUAUUAGCUUUAGUAAAAUGGGCAAAUAAUGCUGGAAAGGUUGAAAAAUGUGCGAUGAUAUCGAGCUUUUUAGAUCAGCAAGCAAUUCUGUUUGUUGACACUGCUGAUCGUUUAGCCUCUCUAGCCAGGGAUGCUUUAGUACAUGCUCGUUUGCCUAGCUUUGCUAUCCCAUAUGCUAUUGAUGUUCUGACAACUGGGUCAUAUCCACGACUGCCAACAUGUAUACGGGAUAAAAUAAUUCCUCCUGAUCCAAUAACAAAAACUGAGAAACAGACAACGCUCCAUCAGUUAAACCAGAUUCUUCGCCACCGCCUGGUGACAACAGAUCUUCCACCACAACUAGCGAAUCUUACGGUUGCAAAUGGUCGUGUUAAGUUUCGAGUUGAGGGUGAAUUUGAAGCUACCUUAACAGUGAUGGGAGAUGAUCCUGAUGUCCCAUGGCGCCUUCUCAAACUUGAAAUUCUGGUUGAGGACAAAGAGACUGGAGAUGGUCGAGCCUUAGUUCAUAGCAUGCAGAUCAACUUCAUCCAUCAGUUGGUCCAGUCCCGGCUCUUUGCAGAUGAGAAACCUCUGCAGGACAUGUACAACUGCCUACACUCCUUCUGCUUGUCACUGCAGUUGGAAGUUUUACAUUCACAGACGUUAAUGCUGAUUCGAGAACGUUGGGGCGACCUUGUUCAGGUGGAGAGGUAUCACACAGGCAAAUGUCUGUCCCUCUCUGUUUGGAACCAACAGGUGGUUGGGAGAAAAACAGGGACUGCAUCUCUUCAUAAGGUCACCAUUAAGACUGAUGAAAAUGAUGUGUCAAAACCUUUGCAAAUUUCUCAUGAGCCACCCCUUCCAGCUUGUGAUUCCAAACUAAUUGAAAGAGCAAUGAAGAUAGACCACUUGUCAGUAGAAAAGCUUCUGAUAGACAGUGUCCAUGCAAGAGCACAUCAGAAACUUCAGGAACUGAAAGCCAUUCUUAAGAGUUACAAUCCCAAUGACAACUCUUUUAUAGAAACAGCUCUCCCCACACUUGUCAUCCCUAUUCUGGAGCCAUGUGGUCGAUCAGAAUGCCUGCACAUUUUUGUAGACCUUCAUUCUGGGAUGUUCCAACUAAUGCUUUAUGGAAUUGACCAGCAGACACUGGAUGAGAUAGAGAAAUCUGUCAAUGAUGACAUGAAGCGAAUCAUUACUUGGCUUCAGCAACUCAAGUUUUGGCUUGGACAGCAGCGUUGCAAACAAUCAAUAAAACAUUUGCCUACAGUCAGCAGUGAAACACUACAGCUAGCUAAUUAUGCUACUCACCCUGUGGGAAAUCUCUGCAGUCACAAGCUCUUCAUCAAGCUCACUCGACUUCCACAGUACUACAUUGUCGUGGAGAUGUUUGAUGUCCCCAGCAACCCCACACAGUUGGAAUACAAAUAUUACUUUCUCUCUGUGAGCUAUGCUGAAGGAGAUGACUACCCUGCUACUGCAGUUCUGCUUCAGCAGUUUAAACCAAAUAUUGAAGAGCUGGUUUUGGACACAAAAAGUGGGAAACAUGCAAAAGGUGGCACAAAGCGUAAGUUGUCUGGUGAUCCAUGUCCCACAGAACCCAAGAAACCAAAGCGGUCUGGAGAAAUGUGUGCCUUCAAUAAAGUUCUAGCUCACAUUGUAGCAAUGUGUGAUACAAAUAUGCCAUUUAUAGGACUUCGCAUGGAGUUAUCUAAUAUGGAGAUCCCACAUCAAGGAGUCCAGGUUGAAGGAGAUGGCUUCAGUCAUGCUAUUCGUUUAUUAAAAAUUCCUCCAUGUAAAGGUACAAGUGAAGAAACCCAAAAGGCUUUGGACCGUUCCCUUCUUGAUUGCACUUUCCGAUUGCAAGGUAGAAAUAACCGCACAUGGGUGGCUGAACUGGUGUUUGCAAAUUGCCCGCUUAAUAGCACUUCUUCCAGGGAACAAGGACCGACUCGUCAUGUUUACCUGACGUAUGAAAGCCAAUUGUGUGAACCUGUUGGUGGCCGAAAAGUAGUUGAGAUGUUCCUCAAUGACUGGAAUAGUAUUGCUCGAUUGUACGAAUGUGUGUUGGAGUUUGCCCGAUCUUUACCAGAAAUACCCAGCCAUCUAAAUGUUUUCUCAGAAGUCCGUAUCUACAAUUAUCGGAAGCUAAUUCUUUGUUACGGAACUACAAAGGGAAGCUCAAUCAGCAUUCAGUGGAACUCUGCUCAUCAAAAAUUCCACAUAUCAUUAGGAACAGUUGGGCCAAACUCAGGUUGUAGUAACUGUCACAAUACUAUCCUGCACCAGCUUCAGGAGAUGUUCAAUAAAUCACCAAAUGUAGUCCAACUGUUACAGGUUUUAUAUGAUACUCAGGCUCCAUUAAAUGCUAUCAAUAAGCUGCCAACUGUGCCAAUGCUGGGACUGACACAACGUACCAACACUGCCUACCAGUGUUUCUCUAUUCUGCCUCAGUCACCCACGCACAUCAGGCUGGCCUUUAGGAAUAUGUAUUGCAUUGAUAUUUACUGCCAGAGCCGCGGGGUUGUAGCAAUUCGUGAUGGAGCAUAUAGUCUUUUCGACAACAGUAAAAUUGUGGAAGGCUUUUACCCAGCACCGGGACUGAAGACAUUCCUGAACAUGUUUGUUGACAGCAAUCAGGAUGCACGAAGGCGAUCAGUCAAUGAAGAUGAUAAUCCACCAUCUCCUAUUGGAGGGGACAUGAUGGAUUCAUUGAUAUCGCAACUGCAGCCUCAGCAGCAGCAAUCUUCAAAACAGACGGGAGCACCGGGGGCUUAUCCUUUGACAUCACCCCCCACAUCUUACCAUAGUAAUGUUACCCCAUCACCUUCCAUGUUGCUCACACAGUCCCCAGGAACGCUGCAUGCUGCAAGCUCUCCAAGUGGUGCAUUAAGAGCACCAUCACCGGCAUCAUUUGGCCCAACUCCUUCUCCUUCAUCUCUUGGAAUCACAAUGGGUCAAAAUACAAACUUUGCCAGCCCACAUGGUACUAUAGAUCCUAGUUCACCGUACACAAUGAUGUCCCCCAGUCAACGUGCAGGAAAUUGGCCAGGCUCACCUCAGGUCUCUGGUCCCUCUCCAGCAGCUCGUUUGCCUGGAAUGUCACCAGCCAACCCUUCCUUACAUUCCCCAAUACCGGAUGCUUCUCAUUCCCCACGAGCUGGAACAAGUUCCCAAGCAAUGCCAACAAAUAUGCCACCACCUCGUAAACUACCUCACCGUUCUUGGGCUGCAUCCAUACCCACAAUUCUCACUCACAGUGCCUUGAACAUUCUGCUCCUGCCCUCUCCAACUCCUGGGCUUAUGCCAGGGUUGGCUGGAAGCUAUCUUUGUUCUCCACUUGAACGUUUUCUAGGAUCAGUUAUUAUGCGAAGACACCUCCAAAGGAUCAUCCAGCAAGAGACGCUACAGCUAAUCAACUCCAACGAGCCAGGCGUGAUAAUGUUCAAGACAGAUGCCCUGAAGUGUAGGGUUGCCCUCAACCCAAAAACGAACCAGACCCUGCAGCUGAAAGUAUUACCUGAAAAUGCAGGCCAGUGGAAACAAGAAGAAUUGCAAGUUUUGGAAAAAUUCUUUGAAACCAGGGUCGCAGGGCCUCCCUUCAAAGCCAACACUUUAAUAGCUUUUACAAAACUGCUAGGAGCACCAACACUUAUUCUCCGAGACUGUGUACACAUAAUGAAACUAGAGCUGUUUCCUGAUCAAGCAAGCCAGCUGAAAUGGAAUGUACAGUUUUGCUUGACAAUUCCUCCAAGUGCUCCACCAAUUGCACCUCCAGGAACACCUGCAGUUGUACUGAAAUCCAAAAUGUUGUUCUUUCUUCAGCUAACACAGAAAACUACAGUUUCUCAGGAAGCCAUGAGCAUAAUCGUCCCAAUCAUUUAUGAUAUGGCUUCAGGUACAACGCAACAGGCAGAUAUUCCCAGACAGCAGAACUCUUCGGUUGCUGCUCCCCUGAUGGUUAGCAAUAUUCUAAAGAGGUUUGCAGAACUGAACUCACCACGGCCAGGUGACUGUACAAUCUUUGCAGCUGUCCGUGAUUUAAUGGCUAACCUUACAGUGCCCCCUGGUGGGCGUCCAUAGGCUAUUUUUAAAGAAAGGGUAAAAAUGAGAGGAAGCGGCAAAACAUUGAACUAAAGCCUUCAGUUAUAUAUAAUGGAAGAGACGUUUUCACAUGUCAUAUUUUAAAAAGAGCUAAUACAAUGGAUUGGCCUACUUUCAGGGACACACUUUCAUCAGAUUUCUUUCUUUCCUUUUGUACAGCACUCUGUAUAAAGUUUUAAGGAGACAUUACAAACUUGUAAUAGAUUUAUGUAUCCGCUUGCCAGUAAAUAGAGUUUAUUCUGUUUUAUACUACAAAGAUUAUGAAAAUGCCAAAUUUGUUUAUUUAAAUGGUUUUUCUUAUGUCUUGGUGUAAUCUUUUUUUAAAGGCAGGUCUGUCAUUUUUGAAUACUGUAAAACUGUGACAAACUUUAUAUUGAAGCUGUAUUUUAAUAUGACUGCUUUGAAACAUUUAAAAUGGGGCUUGUUGUAAACAUGUUCCCAAAAAGCAAUAUUUAAUAAACUAGAUUUUAAAAAAGUGUGCUCACUUUAAACAUGUACAUUUAUGUGUAAGAAAGUUUUCUUAAAUAACUGUCUUUGGGAUGAUAUCCUGCUAUAUUCUGGGUUAGUUUCAGUGACUAAAAGCACAAAUUCCUUUGUGCAUCAAAUUAAGUUGUAGGAUAUUGUCAGUUCCUUUUCAACCAAUUUAUCUUUAGAACUGGGACUAAGGAAAUAGAAUGUAUAAGUGUGUGUACAUUGUCUUUUGCUGAUCUUUUUGCUUGUUAUAUGGAAGUGUUUUACAGUGUAGGUUACUCCCCAGAAUGUCGUACAACUAGCUCAGUGCAUCCAGAAGCCCUUCUGAGCAGAAUCUGAGCAUGCUUUUCAAAAAUCAGCAUUCUAUAGUGUUUGUAAAGCAAGUUUAAAGCUCAGAGAAAGUAACAGAAGGAGUUUUUCAUUGAUGUGGCUCCCUUCCAUGGUGGGGAGUGGUGGAAAGGAGGCAGAAGUCCUAUUAAAUGUACCCAAACUGCAUCUAGAGUAAUUUUUUCAGUUGUGAUCAUUCUGUAAGUUAAAGACAUUGCAUGGAAGCUAUUUGAAACAGCUUCUGGGGUGACUUGGAAGAAUGAAGAGCUUUACAUAGCAAAGAGCGACCCAUCACCAACAAGGAAUCCAGCUUAAUGAAAGAAAAGAAUUCUGUCUUAUACACACAGAUGAAGUAGUAGAGCAACAGAUUAUUUAAUAAACCCAGAGUGUUUUUUCACUCCUUUCCCAGACAGCAUUUCUGAGUGCUUUAGACAGUAUUAAAAAUACAGAAAUAUCUGUACAGUAUAUUGCUUAAAAAGGGUAUUGCUCUGAGUAGUUAGCUAGGUGCUCCUGGGAAGCCUGCAAGUAGGAUAUGGAGACAAGUCUUGUCUCCCAUUGUUUAUCCCCAGCACCUGAUAUUUAGCAGUAUAUUGCCUCUUAACCUGAAGUUUCCAUUUACUCUUCAUGACUUUAUAGCCAAAUUCAUGACUUGAUAGACAAAGUCAUAAAAUAGUUCUGUUUUCCUUUUAAAACCAGUGGCCUUUGCUGUUAAUCCUGUGGUAAGUAAUUUCAUAAGUUAAUUAUGUAUUGUACUUUUGCCUCUUGCCUGGAUCUACUACCAAUCAAUUUUAUGGAUCAACUUUUCCCAUUUCAUUUCUUUGGAUAGAACGCCUGGUGUCCUCCACACCAUACAUAAUUGUAUUAACCUCAAGCAUUUAAUAGAAUCAAAUUCUGUGUCAAACUUUUAAUAAAGCACGUUGGCUUUAUCUAACAGUGAA